GAAAAGUGCUGUCACUGGGAGUGAAUUUCACUAGAUUGUGGCAGGGUGUGCUUCGUGGGAAGCGAAUUUUGCGUGAGGUUAACUCUUGUUGUCAUAUUUAGUAUCAAAAUUUAUCCAGCCAUGGAUGAAGAAUAUGACUGCAUUGUUCUCGGCACGGGAUUGAAAGAAUGCAUCAUCUCCGGAAUGCUAUCUGUGUCAGGCAAGAAGGUGCUUCACAUGGACCGCAACAAGUACUAUGGAGGUGAAAGUGCAUCCAUCACACCUCUUGAAGAUCUCUUUGCCAAAUUUGAAAUGCCCAACCCUGAUGAGUCCUAUGGUAGAACCAGGGACUGGAAUGUUGACCUGAUCCCUAAGUUCCUGAUGGCCAAUGGGCAGCUGGUGAAGCUGCUGAUCCACACUGGUGUGACACGCUACCUUGAGUUCAAGAGCGUGGAAGGAAGCUACGUGUACAAGGGCAAUAAGAUCUCCAAGGUGCCUUCUGAUGACAAGGAAGCACUUACAACAGAUUUGCUUGGGAUGUUUGAGAAGCGAAGGUUCCGGAACUUCUUGGUGUUUGCCCAAGACUUCAAGGAAGAUGACCCCAGUAGCUGGAAGGCCAUGCCUGGCUUUGAUCCAAACACAACCCCCAUGAGUGCCGUCUUUGCUCAUUUCAAUCUUGACCGCAACACCAUUGACAUUACCGGCCAUGCACUUGCUCUCUACAGGGAUGACGAGUACCUUGCCAAGCCUGCUCUUGACUGCCUGAAGCGCAUCAGGCUGUACUCUGACUCUCUGGCACGCUAUGGCAAGAGCCCUUACCUCUACCCUCUCUAUGGGCUUGGGGAGCUGCCUCAGGGCUUUGCAAGAUUAUCGGCCAUCUACGGCGGCACAUACAUGCUUGACAAGCCCAUUGACGAGAUCGUCUUCACUGACGGCAAAGUGUCGGGAGUUCGCAGUGGCUCCGAGACUGCCAAGUGCAAACAGGUCUACUGUGACCCCACCUACGUUCCUGAUAAAGUGAAGCAGGUGGGGCAGGUGAUCCGGGCAAUAUGCCUGCUGGAUCAUCCUGUUGCCAACACCAAAGAUGCUCUCAGCACCCAAAUCAUCAUUCCGCAAAAGCAGGUCAACAGGAACUCAGAUAUUUACGUGUCGAUGGUGUCGUACACUCAUCAAGUGGCCGCCAAAGGCUGGUUUGUGGCCCUCGUGUCUACAACUGUUGAAACAGCUGAUCCUGAAGCUGAGAUCAAGCCAGGACUAGAUCUCCUGGGGCCCAUCAAACAAAAGUUCGUGACGGUGUCGCCGCUGUUCAAGCCUAUUGACGACGGUCGCGAGAGUCAGCUCUUCAUCUCCGAAAGCUACGACGCAACAAGCCAUUUUGAGACGACGUGUCUGGAUGUGCUGAGCAUCUACAAUCGCGGCACUGGCGAGGACUUCGACUUCAGUAAAGUGAAGCAUAAUCUCGGCGAUGAGGAGGCCUAAGCUGCGUUACAUUUCCACAGACUUCCCCUCAGCCUGAGAGAUCCGUUGGCUGAGCGUCAGUGAUGCUUCUAUGCUGGGAACCUUCAUUUAUGGCUGGGCUCAAUUGGUAGUGAAGGGGACGUUUUAGUUUGGAAAGGUGAUUCGAUCUGUAUUUGCUGGCUUGUGGAGUGUUAUUAGCUACUAUUAAAGAUUGUGAUGUGCAAUGGUGUGACAAACUCUAGGAGGCAUAUUUACUGAGACUAAUGGUAGCUAGAUAAUUGGAUAGUCACUCUGAGCCUGGCAAUUUUACUAUUAGACAUCGAAGAAGUCUUGCAAUGUUUCCAAAUAAUUGUAGUCAACUUGACAAAAAAUUGAAAGAACAAAUUUAUCUUGGAGUAUCGCAUCUGGGAGGGCUAGCAUUGUUCGUGCGACUGUAAGCUACAUUUCGGGUUAGGGUGACGUUUCAGUGACUUAGUUUGGCUGUUCAUUGACCACGGCUGGCUGCGCUUUGGCCUUUGAAAUGUGCGAUGAAUGCAGUUGCCGAGUUUGGUUCUAAAUGGGCCAAGUCCAGCUGUGGUAGCCCCAACAUUCCUGGACGCAAGCGCUUAGUGUUGUGUGUGCACCCUUUUGUUCGCAUCCCGUCUGCCGCCUCUUCGGCUCUCCGCAGCCUGGAGUCUUGUAUCAUCAGUUAUAUCGUGCACCGAUGUCACGGACUUAUAAAUAUUUCACUUCACGCUUUGCACCACUCGUGUUUUGCUUUCAAUUGACUUUCUGCGGAAUUGUUCCUGCCAUAAGAUACGUUCUGGGAAGUGACUGAAAUUUUAUUGAAAAAAACCUUCAAUUCUACAUAACUACCUUAAUUAUGCUCACUAGUCCCGAUGGUAGAAUUUAACUAAAAAAAUUGCUCUUAAUUUUUCCCGAUCUUAUACAAUUCUGUGAAAUUUCGCGUUAUUAUUUUUUGCUUGUAUCGCUUGUUGUGUUGCAGUUUAUCUGCAUUGAAGUUGCUUGUGCUAGUAAGCUCCUUCGUUAUUCAUUGUAUCUUCAUUGUUGAUCAUUUAGGAUGCUAUUGUUUAUCUCGUGUUAUGUUUUUCUAACGCCGAAUAAACCAUGUAUUAUUCGUGGAUACACGUCGGGCUGAGCAGAGUCGUGCAGGCGGCCGACCAAGUAGCACUUAGUUCGUUAGCCACGUACUCUAAACUAGUGCGCGGCGCAAGCGUCUCUGCGCACGGGCAUUUCAUAUUGGGCCUCUCGUAUUAUAACACUAGUAUCUUACUCUCAUUAUUUAAUCUUGCCUCGGAGCCUAGGAACUUGAAUGCCGAUGUGCAACUACGGUAUUGCCGAGAAAUUAAUGAUUGCUUUGUCAUGACAAGCUUUAUAAGAACUAACGCUGGGGAGUCGUGCUGUUACAGCGAUGUUACUGAUAGGUAAUAUCAUACAAUAAUCAGCAAUGAUGCCACAGUAUUGAAGUUCAGCAGCAUUGCGGUUACUGCAAUUGACACAACUGAUGCGCGUUGCUGCGGCACCGCCACUUGUCAGUUAUGUUGCUUCGGCUGCGUGACAUCGGUCAGUUGCUGGGAUGAUGGCUCUCUGAAGUAUGGGUUUAAAUUACUCCAUGUUUGGCCUACAUCAUUUUACUGUUUUGUCUCUAAAAGCUGUAUUCGAAAACUCUUAAUAAAUUAAUCAUAUCACCAUCUGAUUGUCUUGAAAGAAAGUGUUACUUAAAA